AAAAAAAAGGUAGGAGCAGUGGUAAUAAGAGAGAGAGAGAGAGAGAGAGAGAGAGAGUGUGUGUGUCUGUGAGUGAAAGUGAAUUAUGAGUCACUGAAAAGAAGAUGAAGAGAGGCAAGUGGUUAGAGAGAGAGAGAGAGAGAGAGAGAGGUAAUACGGAGAGGGUGGGUUGCUUUCGGCUAUAAGCUUGCUGCUGAAACUGGCUUCGUCUUGCUGUGUAUUGGACAGCGAGGGAUAAAAAGGAUCUCGGAACGCCUCAACCUUUUUGCAACACACACCCAACGCCUCCCUCUCUCUUUCUUUGUCCUAGGUUUUCUGCAUAACUCUGAUCUUCUCAACCUUCGCCUCUUUCCCACACAUCUCUUCUUAGAAAACAACUGAGAAUUUUGUCUUUUUUUUUUUUUUUUUUAUUCCUUGUUUUGGUUUUCCAACAUAUAUAUUCUGGCUUCUAUGGGAGAAUAAGGAUCUGAAUUUGUACCACGGAACAAUAAGGUCUUGUCAUUUAGAGAGAUCACAACGAAGACAGGGAAAAAAAGAACAAGAAAAAAUGUGGGAUCUUAAUGACUCGCCUGAUCAAAGGCGAGACGACGAAUCCGAAGGCUAUUCUUCCCAGAAGACCUCGUUUGAUGGAGAUGAUGAAAAGGGAAAAAGGGUCGGAUCCGUGUCGAAUUCUAGCUCCUCCGCGGUGGUCAUCGAGGACGGAUCGGACGACGAUCAGGACGUCGAAAGAGGGAAAAUGAUCAAGAGGCGGGGAGGCAGCAACAGCAAGUUAUUCGGGUUCUCGUUCAUGGAGAGCGACCCGGCACCAGUGACCCGUCAGUUUUUUCCUGUAGACGAGUCAGAAAUGGGAGUUACAAACGAUGCCGGAGCUGGUCGCACUGCUGCUGUUGCGUUCCCUCGGGCCCACUGGGUCGGGGUCAAGUUUUGCCAAUCGGAUUCACUUAGCCCGGGAAAGUCGGUGGAGGUCUCGCAGCCCAUGAAGAAAAGCCGGCGGGGACCGAGGUCGAGGAGCUCCCAAUAUCGCGGUGUUACGUUUUACCGGAGAACUGGCCGGUGGGAGUCUCACAUAUGGGAUUGCGGAAAGCAAGUUUAUCUGGGUGGAUUUGAUACUGCACAUGCAGCUGCUCGUGCAUAUGAUAGGGCGGCCAUCAAGUUCAGGGGUGUCGAGGCAGACAUCAAUUUUAGCAUUGAAGACUAUGAGGAAGACUUGAAACAGAUGAGCAAUCUGACAAAGGAAGAGUUUGUGCACGUACUUCGCCGACAGAGCACCGGAUUUCCGAGAGGGAGCUCCAAGUAUAGAGGUGUGACCUUGCACAAGUGCGGAAGAUGGGAGGCUCGAAUGGGCCAAUUUUUAGGCAAAAAAUACGUUUAUCUGGGUUUGUUCGAUACCGAGAUUGAAGCCGCAAGGGCUUAUGACAAAGCUGCAAUUAAGUGCAAUGGCAAAGAAGCUGUCACCAACUUCGACCCAAGCAUCUACGAAAGCGAGCUUAACUCAACUGAAUCUUCAGGUAAUGCUGCUGCAGAUCACAAUCUUGAUUUGAGUUUGGGCAAUUCAAACUCAAACCAGGGUAGUAAUUUGGGAUUAAGGAAUAAUGAUAAUCACAAUGAUGCAAUGGGACAGCGUUCGGCUCCAAUGCAGUUCGAAGCUAAUUGGCAGAAUGGAGGGCUUAUGCCUAAGGAACAAUGUAGUAGAGGCGACAGUGAUGGGUUAAUGGAGAAUGAAACCAUGCAGCUUCUGAGCCUAACCCAUCUUCAAUCUCCACCAUCUAGAUACAUGCAAAGAUAUGGGCAAUUCAGGAGGCCUGAAGAGACCGAGACCCAGAUGCGUCCCAAUUUAUUUCCCGAAUACCUUAAUUCACCCAAUUAUCAAGUUCAGCAUCCAAGCAGCAGCUUUGGAGGCCGAAUUGUUGGUGGAGAUCUGUCACUGUCUAUGCAGAAUGAGCAACAAUGGCAGCCCGGUCCUUCCCCCUUGUUUGCAACCGCUGCAGCAUCAUCAGGAUUCCCACCAGCUCACAUUAGAACCUCUCAACAUUGGCCGUACAAAAAUAUUGGAUUUCACUCUUUCAUGAGACCCUCCUGAAUCCGAUCGAUACAUAUAUAUAUAUCCACUUAUGCAUGUCCAACGGUCUGCUUAUGAUUUGAUCUUUUCGGACUGCAUGCCCCCAUUUUAUAGCCAAGCAAGCAAGUAAAAGAUCAAUGAUUUUUCUACGUAUUUUUAAUCAUGUUCAGACAAGUAAAUUUGUUGUAUAGAGAAUCGGAACGAAGAAACUCCCAACUUUACCGGGAAUGCUGGUCCUUGGUCAAACUAACUACUACACAAUGAAUCACACAGCAAGAUUUUGAUC